AUGGUCGACAUAGCCUUCUGCCCGGGAUUUGCACCUACGAAGAUCACAAGCUCUCAAUGGAAGCACCUAUCAACUCUGAUUGUAAAGAAGCUCUUGGUGGUGAAGCCCUGGUCUGAUGAGCAAAGACUAAUCCCAAAGAGUGAAGCUUGCUUCGGCGAGAUCCCUGUCAUUAUUAACUCCGAAGGUCUUCCAAUGGUCUUCGUCAAAGACUUGACUAAAUGGGUCCAUCACAAUUGCUCUAUUUCGGCCCCAACGAGGAAGCGCAAUCAGAAAGUUCUUCAGGUCACGUUGCCUCAUCAUCUUGAUCAGUAUCUCAGCCUUUCGCUAGUACUUCUGGCCAUGCUCGUGUUUCAGGCAAACGUGCUGGGCCAGGGAAGAACUCUCAAGAUUCAGUUGCUAACUAGGCUGUGUCCCCUCCUUUUGCCUUUGUCCACCUACACACCUCACUCCACCCUUUUUUCCUUUUAA